UACCAAAACAAGCUGUGUGAAUCUAGUGACACCGCUAAUGAAGAGCUGGGAGGAGGGAAGAAGUCUAACCAGUCUGAAAGUCUGCAGAGGAAAGCGGAUGGACCAACAAACACGAACAUAAGCAAACAACAGAGACACUGCUGGGGCGUCAGGCCUACUGUUAGAGGUGGUUGACAAUGGACCUCAACAGUGAGACCAAGAGGAUGACCUCUUACCUCCCGGGUAACCCCAAUGAGACCCAGAAACUGGCCCCACCCAGACCCUCAGGCUGCAGCUGGCUGGUGGUGGUAGCGGCUGUAGCGGCCUCUCUGAGCGGGCUGAUGCUGGGCUAUGAAAUGGGCCUGACCUCUGGAGUCCUGCUACAGCUGCGGGGUCUCCUCUCCCUCUCCUGCCGGGAACAGGAACUGCUGGUCAGCUCCCACCUGCUCGGCGCCCUCCUCAUGUGCUUGGCCGGCGGCCCCAUUCUGGAUCGCUACGGCCGCCGCUGCUCUUUGCUCCUGAGCGCCGCCCUGGUGGUUGGCGGGAGCGUCGUGCUCAUCGCAGUCAACUCACUUAUUGCACUUACACUGGGCCGGGUGAUAGUCGGCAUGGGAACGGCGCUGUCAGGGACAGGAGCAUGUCUGUACAUUGCAGAGAUCUCACCAAGGGAGAGGAGGGGUCAGCUGGUGACGCUGUACGAGCUGAUGCUGGUUGUGGGUGUAAUGCUGGGAUUCAGCUGUAGUUACGCCUUUGCUACUCUGCCCCAUGGCUGGGCGUAUACAUUUGGACUUGUAAUCCCCCCGGCGCUGCUGCAGAUCAGUGUACUCCUGUUCCUCCCACCCAGUCCGCGCUUCCUGGUCACUCAGGGUAAAGUAGAGAAGGCCAGGAUAGUGCUCGCCACAAUGAGAGGGGGGGAUCAGGAGCAUGUGGAAAAGGAGCUCAGAGACAUCCAGGCAGGACUGAAAGAGGAAUCAGAGCACAGUUUCUGGGAGUUGUUCAGCACCAAAGCCAACUUGCGUUCACGGCUGCUAACAGGUGUGGCCUUAGUCUUCCUUCAGCAGGCUACCGGUCAGCCGAACAUCCUCUCCUAUGCGUCACCGCUUCUCCGCAGUGUAGGCUUUAACAGUGACGCGGCAGCAACCUUGGCCUCUACUGGGUUCGGAGUGGUCAAAGUAGUUGGCACCAUCCCGGCCGUGUUGCUGGUUGACCGCGUGGGACCCAAGAGCUUUUUGUGCGUUGGUGCUGUCGCAAUGGGAAUGUCGCUAGUAGUACUUGGUACACUGACACUGCAAAACCACACUCACCUCACCAGCCUGUGUAAAAGUGACUCUAUAUUAAACCACACAGAGACGCCGUGGGAUUUAAACAGAACCUCUAUAGACUUGGACGACAGUGACAUUUUUUCUACUGACCUCCCCAGCCAAUGGGGCAGUGAGGAGGCACAGCGGACUUACAGAGAGGAUGAUUGGACUGGGGAGUCAGGAGGAGGAAGGACUAAUGGAAAAGUGUCUUCCGUACUGAAGUGGGCAUCAUUGAUCAGCUUGCUGGUUUAUGUGGCAGCCUUCUCAAUCAGCCUUGGGCCAAUGGUGUAUGUGGUUCUCAGUGAGAUCUUUCCAAUGGGGGUCAGAGGCAGAGCUGUAUCUGUGGUGUCGGCUGUAAACUGGGCCACUAACCUGCUCAUCUCCAUGACCUUCCUCACAACUACAGAAAAGAUUGGCGUACCCAAUGUGAUGUUCCUCUACGCUGCCAUGAGCUUUGUCCUACUGGUGUUUGUCAUCCUCUGUGUCCCCGAGACAAAAGGUCGCACGCUGGAGGAGAUAUCAAAGGAGCUGGCGAAGAAGAAGCAUUUUGAGGUGAGGCUCUGCAGGCAGGUUCAGCCUCAGGAGAGUCUGAUCAGCAGCACGUCCGCAGGACUUCCAGCAAACGUCUGACCUAUUUUAUUUUUAUUUUUUUUGACACAUCACAACCAUUCACCUCACCUGAAAGAGAGUCGAGAGCGAGGAUCAGGAAGGACAAUGUAUUAGCACUGUUAAGAAUUUGGGGUACAACUCCACAUGUGUACAUCCCUGCAGCUCAAGCUGAUUGCUGUUAUGGUGUCUGUGUCAUUUAGUUCCUUCAAGCUACAUACUGAAUGUAAAGGAACAAAUCAUCAGGAUAGGAACGGUGGCAAUUACAUACGCAGGAAAGAAUUAAAUAAUGGAAGUAUUUGUGAAUUUGCUCAAAUUAGGAUAUCUCAGGGUUCACUCUUGCUUAUUAAAAAGACGGUAAAGAAAAGUAAAAAAUGGGGAUUGAAUGUCAUUAUAUGAAAUAUAUAUUAUUUAUUUAAUUCCUUCCUUUCUUUACCUCCUCCGUCGUUACAGCUCCAGUAAUGCAGGAAGAGACAUUUCCCUUAACUCCAGGAUACAGCUGACUUUUUUUUUUCAUUCAUUUUGACCUGACAUUAUGAAUCUAAGAUGUACCAAAUAAUCAGACACUAAUCACGUCAAAUGUCUGUGUAUGUAACAUUCUUUGGAUUGCAAAUUAAUUCCUUAAACAUGACAUUUA